AAAUAGUUCCACGUCAACCCCAACUCAGAGUUAGAGGCAAUUUCGCGGUCUAACACUGUUGGAGUCGGAUUUUUUUUUUUCCCUUUCCAAACGAAACGAGCACAACGACGUUAAACUAAUUCAACGCUCUCUCUGAAAACCAAAAACUCGUGCUCUGUUCUGUUCUGUUCUGGCUUCGCAAUGAGCUCACACGAUGCGGAUAGAGAACGAGGUGCAUCCACCUUGGUAGGAUGCAAAUCUCAAUGUAAAGCACUUUUGUUUUUGGCAUACCAGAGUUUAGGCUUUCUGUUUGGUGACCUGAGCCUCUCCCCUCUUUAUGUCUAUCAAAGUAUAUUUUCUGGAAGACUGAAACAUGUUCAGAAUGAGGAUGCAAUAUUUGGCGCAUUUUCUUUGAUUUUUUGGACUUUGUCUCUUAUUUCUUUGUUGAAGUAUGCCAUUAUCAUGUUGAAUGCAGAUGAUAAUGGUGAAGGGGGAACUGUUGCUUUGUAUUCACACCUUUGCAGAAAUGCAAAAUUUUGUUUGCUUCCUAAUCACCAAGUAUCUGAUGAGGAGCUUUCUACAUAUCACAAACCUGGUUGCUCAAAUAGAAAUAUACCACCCUCACCUUUGAAAAGAUUCAUUGAGAAACAUAAGAGUACAAAAACUGCUUUGCUUAUUGUAGUAUUAUUGGGUGCUUGCAUGGUAAUUUGUGUUGGUGCCCUCAUGCCUGCAAUUUCAGUUCUUUCAUCUAUUGAAGGGCUGAAAAUUGAAGCGAAGAUUACAAACAAUAGUAUGGUACCUCUUAUUUCUUGUGUUCUACUGGUUGGGCUUUUUGUUAUGCAACACCGUGGCUCCCAGAAGGUUGCCUUCAUGUUUCCUCCCAUAAUCAUCCUAUGGUUACUGUCUAUUUUCAUGGUUGGCAUUUACAAUGUCAUCAAGUGGAAUCCAAGAGUAUACCGGGCUCUUUCUCCAUAUUAUAUAUACAAGUUCUUUUCAGUUACGGGAAAAGAUGGUUGGACUAAUCUUGGAGGAGUAUUUCUAUGUGUUACAGGGACUGAAGCUAUGUUUGUAGACCUUGGGUACUAUGGACAAGCACCUGUAAGGGUUGCAUUUUGUUGUGUCAUUUACCCAUGUCUAGUUCUUCAAUACAUGGGGCAGGCUGCUUUUCUUUCAAAGAAUUUAUCUGCAGUGCCUAUAAGCUUUUAUGCUUCUAUUCCAGAUAUCCUAUUUUGGCCAGUAUUUUUGGUGGCUGCUUUGGCAGUAAUAGUUGCAAGUCAGGCUGUCAUCUCUUCAACGUUCUCAGUUGUCCAACAAUGCCAUGCAUUUGAAUGUUUCCCUCGUGUUAAGGCAGUACAUUCCAGAAGGUGGAUCCAUGGCCAGUCAUAUAUACCAGAGAUAAACUGGAUUCUUUUGAUAGUCAGCCUGGCUGUGACAGUUGGUUUUGGAGACACAAACCAUAUUGGAAAUGCAUAUGGGAUUGCAUGUCUGAUUGUGGCGUUUGUGACCACCUGGUUGACAUCACUAGUCAUCAGCCUUGUAUGGAAUCGGAGUCUUAUAGCUGCUUUAUCAUUUCUUUUAUUCUUUGGUUCGAUAGAGGUUCUCUUCCUUUCAUCCUAUUGCAUGAAAAUCCAAAAAGGUGGCUGGGUUCCGCUCAUGCUUUCUGCAGUCUUCAUGGUUGUGAUGUAUGUGUGGCAUUAUGGUUCUAAAAAAAAGUAUUUAUUUGACAUGCAUAACAAAGUUUCAAUGAAGUCGAUCCUUACACUGGGUCCUAGUCUUGGGAUUGUUAGGGUUCCAGGAAUGGGCCUUAUCUACACUGAAUUGGCUACUGGAAUCCCUGCUAGUUUUACUCAUUUCUUGUCAAAUCUGCCAGCUUUCUACCAAGUGGUUGUUUUUGUUUGUGUUAAGACUGUACCUGUGCCUUGUGUGCCCCAUAAGGAACGUUACCUAAUUGGCCGAAUUGGUCCCAAAUCUUAUCGAUUGUAUCGGUGUAUUGUUCGAAAUGGCUAUAAAGAUGUUUAUAGCCAUGAAGAUGAUUUUGAAAAUGACCUUGUGAUGAGCAUAGCAGAAUUCAUUCAAUUGGAAGCAGAAGGUUGUUCUGGAAAUCUAGAUGCUUCAGUGGAUGGCAGGAUGGCAGUGGUUAGGACCUCUGGGAAAUUUGGGACAAGAUUGCUAAUGUCAGAAUCUGCUGGUUUUGAAGAAGGCAGCACUACGAGUCUUCCUGGAGCUUUGACUGUUACCAACAGUAAAUCUCCCACAUUGAAGAAGCUAAAGUCCAUGUAUGAGCAGGAAUCGCCUGAACUCAACCCUAGACGACGCAUUCGAUUUGAGUUGCUAAAUACAAUAUAUCAAGACCCACGUGUCAAGGAAGAGCUCAUGGAACUUGUAGAAGCCAAGCGUACUGGAGCAGCAUAUGUAAUAGGUCAUUCUCACGUGAAGGCCAAAUGGAACUCAUCAUUCGUAAAGAAGUUUGCUAUCAACCUCUACUCUUUUCUCCGAAAAAAUUGCCGAUCCCCUGCUGUAGGCCUAAACAUUCCUCAGAUUUGUCUAAUUAAGGUAGGAAUGAAUUACCAUGUCUAGCAUAAGUCGAUGACAAUAUCAUGACUGAGGAUGUAAUUUAUGCAAGCCAGAAUAGAAUGCCCCCUUUGGCUUCCACGACAGGAAAGACUAUGAUGCUACUUUGGCAGAUUCAAGUUUCCUCUUGGCAUGUUUGAAGAAAGAGCUGCAUCUAAUUGCCAAGAUGUUUUGAUUUUGUGAUGGUGCUGGCAAGGUAUGUAAAUUACUAAUUUGUUUGAUAAGGAGUUUGUUCCGUGACCCGUACCUGUUUGUAGAAUUUGAGAUUCCCAAAUUACCCUUGGGAGUGACUUCUGUCUUAACGGCUUCGUACUUGUUUUGUUAAUGUAAGCAUCUACGGCUGUCUUUGUACUGGUACGGAAUUUUUUGGGUCGUUUUUGUAAUCUUUCAUCCGCGAAAAAGGAAAUGAUAUUUAUUCAGAACGGAACCAUACAUGAACUAUAGAACGCAGCAGCAUACAGAUUUGAAUUUGGAUUCUACUAUUUAUUUUUUAAUUUUGGCUGCUGUGAAAUUCGUCCAUCUAGUUAGUUCGCUUCUCU